GACCUGUUUGCCCUGGACGUGGAGGCCUACCGUUACAGUGGGGUGAACAUGACUGGCUUUAGGAUCCUGAAUACGGAGAACAGCCAAGUGGCCUCCAUCAUAGAGAAGUGGUCCAUGGAACGCCUGCAGGCCCCGCCCAAACCUGACUCUGGCCUACUGGACGGCUUCAUGACGACGGACGCUGCGCUCAUGUACGAUGCCGUGCACGUGGUGGCCGUGGCCGUGCAGCAGUCUCAGCAGAUCACUGUCAGCUCCCUACAGUGCAACAGACACAAACCCUGGCGCUUUGGGAACAGAUUCAUGGCCCUCAUCAAAGAGGCCCACUGGGAUGGCUUGACUGGGCGGAUCACUUUCAACAGAACCAACGGCUUGAGGACAGACUUUGACCUGGAUGUGAUUAGUCUGAAGGAGGAUGGACUGGAGAAGAUUGGAACAUGGGACCCUCCUAGUGGCUUGAACAUGACAGACCACCAGAAAGGGAAGACAUCCAAUGUCACAGACUCCUUAGCCAACAGAUCUCUAGUUGUCUCCACCAUACUGGUGGAGCCCUAUGUGAUGUUCAAGAAGUCRGACAAGCCCCUUUACGGUAAYGACCGCUUUGAGGGUUACUGCAUCGACCUGCUGAGGGAGCUGGCUAGCAUCCUGGGGUUCACCUACGAGUUGCGUCUGGUGGAGGACGGCCGCUACGGGGCCCAGGACGAGACCAACGCGCCAGUGAACGGCAUGGUCAAGGAGCUUGAUUACGACAUGUGAAAAGCUGAUCUGGCAGUGGCUCCCCUGGCCAUCACCUAUGUGAGGGAGAAGGUCAUCGACUUCUCCAAGCCCUUCAUGACACUGGGGAUAAGUAUCCUCUACCGCAAGCCCAACGGAACCAACCCUGGGGUCUUCUCCUUUCUCAACCCCCUCUCACCCGAUAUCUGGAUGUAUAUUCUGCUGGCUUACUUGGGUGUCAGUUGUGUGCUGUUUGUCAUAGCCAGGUUUAGUCCCUACGAGUGGUAUAACCCCCACCCCUGCAACCCCGACUCAGAUGUAGUGGAAAACAAUUUCACCCUGCUAAAUAGUUUCUGGUUCGGAGUUGGAGCUCUCAUGCAGCAAGGCUCUGAGUUAAUGCCCAAAGCCCUGUCCACCAGGAUCGUAGGAGGCAUUUGGUGGUUCUUCACCCUGAUAAUCAUCUCCUCUUACACGGCCAACCUGGCUGCCUUCCUCACUGGGAGAGGAUGGAGUCACCAUCGACUCAGCUGACGACCUGGCCAGCAGACCAGGAUAGAGUAUGGAGUGGUGGAGGAGGGAUCCACCAUGACCUUCUUCAAGAAAACCAAGAUCUCCACGUACGACAAGAUGUGGGAGUUUGAUGAGCAGUCGGAGGCACUCUGUUGAUGGAAGGAUAUUGACGAAGGAUCCACCGUUCUCACCUCAGACGCCUUCCUCAUGGAGUCCACCACCAUCGAGUUUUGCUCACCCAGCCGCAACUGCAACCUUACCCAGAUAGGGGUCUCAAUCGACUCCACCUACGGCGGUGGAACCCCCAUGGGCUCUCCGUACAGAGACAAGAUCACCAUAGCGAUCCUGCAGCUGCAGGAAGAAGGAAAGCUUCACAUGAUGAAGGAGAAGUGGUGGAGGGGGAACGGUUGUCCGGAGGAUGAGAAGAAUAAGGAGGCCAGUGCUCUGGGGGUCCAGAACAGGGGCAUCUUUAUCGUCCUGGCGGCUGGACUCGUCCUGUCGGUGUUUGUGGCAGUCGGAGAGUUCAUCUAUAAAUCCAAACAAAAGCAACACUGGAAAAGGUCCUUCUGCAGUGCCAUAGUGGACGAAUUGCGGGUGUCCCUCAAGUGCCAGCGGCGCCUCAAACACAAGCCUCAGCCGCCCGUCAUGGUCAAGACAGAGGACGUCAUCAACAUGCACACCUUGUACCAAUGGAUAGCAGCCCCAUCUAGGAUAGCCCCGUCAGGCCUAACACAACCCCCUCCAAGGGGUCACGAGAACAACCCCUCCAUGGACCGGCCUCACACCGAUGGGUUCGUGGUGGAGGCCGAUGCUUCGGACAUUGGAGUGGGGACUGUCCUGUCCCAGUGUUCUGCCCUUGACCCCAAGCUACAUCCCAGCUCAUUUUUCUCCCAUCGCCUCAAUGCCACAGAAAGGAACUACGAUGUGGGGAAACGGGAGCCUCGCGCGCCCCACGACUACUACCCCGGGACCCGAGACCAACCUUCGCACCUCAUGCCUGGCGAUGGCACUCAGCUGGGGAAUAGGGAAGCAGGUCCGGGAGGCGCAGCGUUCCCAGCCAAACCCCGGGGUCCUGAUAACCAGAUGUUCGUUCCCGUCACCGUCCGCUCCACGGCCCUGGAGUGGGCCCAUUCCUCCAGGCUAGCCUGA